GGUUAUUCUUGAAUGAAACACAUCCAAACUAAUUGUCUGGACUGAACCCACUUCAUUACCACUUUACUGUGAGGAACAACUUUGUGCUUAAAUGAGAGAGAGAGGGAGAAAGAGAGAGAGAGGCAUGGAGAGGGAGGAGUGUUGUCAUGUAGUAUGAUCCACAGAGCGAAAAGUCUGUUCGCCCGCAGCUGCUUCGGAAAGAGAGGGAUCUGGAGAGAGGGAGGAGAGGAGAGGAGAGAAAGAAAGUGACAGGAAGCCACCUCAUUAAACACUGACAGCGGGUCAAAGUCAGAGAAGAGAAGAAAGAGUGUGUCCAGAACACACCGUAACCAUAUGGUGGUCUUAGAAGUGGAAAAGCCAGCAGAAAAGGGGUGGUCUGUUACUUCAGAAAAGAAAAAAGUUUGAACUAAAAGGAAACUUUCCCUGAAAAAGUUAAGAGACUCCAUCAUGUCAACGCUCUCGGCAGAGACGGGCCCUGAGGAUGCCAACAAUCAGAGCUUUUGGAUGCCAGGGAACUACCACCGGACAGUGAAGAGGACCGAAGAUGCCUUCCAGGCGUGUAAUGAUAUAGUGGCGUGUUUCCAGGAGAGGGCCAGGGUCGAGAGACAGUACGCGCAGCAGCUUAGUGAGUGGAGUACCAAGUGGAAACCCCUAGUGGAUGCCAGUCCUCUCUACGGCUCUCUGUUACAAGCAUGGCAGUGCUUCCUCUCUUCUGCUGACCGCCUCUCCUCACUGCACUCUUCCAUCUGCCGUGCUCUGGUGUCAGAAGACGGAGAUCGCAUCCGGACGUGGCAAAAGGAGACGUUCCAUAAGAAGAUGUUUGGAGGUUUCAAGGAGUCCCAGGAUUUUGAAACCGGUUUCUCACGUGCUCAGAAGCCCUGGGCCAAAAGACUGAAGAAGCUAGAGAAGGCCAGGUCAGCGUUUCACAAAGCUUGCCGUAAGGAACACAUGGCUCGUGAGAGGGAGGCCCAUGCCCAAGGCAACCCUGACAUUGCCAUUGAGAAACAGAGGAAGAUUCAGGAAGAGACCGAACUGGCUCGUCAGGAGACAGAGAAAGUGCGAGCUCGCUAUGAGAAGGUUCUUGAGGAAGUGACACGUUAUGCUCCACGCUACAUGGAGGAAAUGGAGUCUAUCUUUGACCAAUCACAAGAGGAGGAGAGGAAGAGGAUAAGUUUCCUCAAACAGGCCUUCCUGUCCAUCCACAGACACUUGGAUGUCACCAACAAUGAGAGCGUAAAAGCCGUGUACAAUGAGCUCCAUAAUACUCUGAUGUCCAUCAGCGAGCAGGAAGAUUUGCGCUGGUGGAAGAAUACACACGGGCCAGGAAUGCCCACCGACUGGCCUCAAUUUCAAGAGUGGACUCCAGACAAGAAGCAUAAAAAGGGAAGGAAGGAGGUGGAGCAGAAAGCAGUAGUGAUGGAGAGAAGUGUAAUGAUUGGAGGAGUGAGAGUCAGAGCUCUCUAUGACUAUGUUGGACAGGAGACAGAUGAACUGUCCUUCAAAGCAGGUGAGGAGUUUCUAAAGAUCGAGGAUGAGGAUGAUCAGGGUUGGUGCAGAGGCAUGAUGGACGGAGGGAAAGAGGGCCUUUACCCAGCUAACUAUGUGGAGGUGGUGUAAAACCACAGGACAGCAUCGACCUCAAGCUCUGGGGUCCGUAAAUGCCUACAGGCAACCGUGUUUAGGCCUGUUUCACAGCCAUGUUUAUUGAAGAUUGCUUUGUUUUCUCUAAACGGAUGACAGAUGGUACACAGGUAUGGUUUUAGAGGUGGUCUAAGUGUGUUCAGUUGGGAUCAGAACGAGAAAAUGCUUCCAAAGUUCUUUCACUACGAUCUUACUUGAGAACAAUGUAAUAUUAUAUUUUAUUGUGUGUCACAUUGUAGCUUUAAAUCAAAAUAUACAGAGAUUUUCAUACGUUAUAAUAUGAUUAGGUACCAAGAUCCUCUAAUACAUAGAGAGAAUUUGAACUGCAUUGUCUUGAUGCUUGCAUGAACCUACAGAGUUUAAGGACAAUGUCUCACACCAAAGACUUCAGUGCUUAUUUACGUUUUAGCAAUGACAUAGUUCUUCUGACGAGAAUUACGUUGUAUCUAAAGCCUGUGUAAAAGGGGCCAGAUGGUUAUGAUGUCAUCUACAGCUGCGAAUAUCACGCAAGGUGUUAAUAGAUAUGAUAGUAUGCUAUAUUUUAUCGCUUUGGUCUUGUUGUUAAAUGUCAAUUGUCUCACAUUUAGUCAUUUUAGGCAGUACUAAUCAACACCACUUUAAAGUGAUAGCCAUGGGACCCAUUAUGGUCUCUUCUUGUGUAUUUCUGUUGUGUUUUAAGAUGCCAGUCUAACCAAAGAAAAUGUAUGCAAAUGAGCACAAUGUUUGUUUGUACCAGAGUGCGAGUAAAUUACAUUGGAUCGGGGCAGUAUUUUACGCACCAUCACUAAUCUAAUGCGAACGCUAGCAGUAUUAAAAGGGAUACAUAUUA